AUGUCCAACAUCGACGCCAAGGUCGCUGCCAUUGUCGACAAGCCCCAUGAUUCCGACGACGAGGAUGCCCUGAUCGCCGAGCUCGAGGACGACGAUGCCCUCGACGCCUUCCGCGAGCAGCGCCUGCAGCAACUCCACCAAGAGUUCACCCGCGCCAAGCAGAUGCGCAACUCGGAGCAUGGCACCUACCAGGAGAUCAAGGAGGAGAAGGCCCUGAUGGACAUCACCACCUCCACCAAGCUGUGCGUCGUGCACUUCUUCCAUGCCGACUUCAACCGCUGCCGCAUCAUGGACAACCACCUCGAGACGCUGGCUCCCAAGCACUUCGACACCCGCUUCCUGCGCAUCAACGUAGACAACGCUCCUUUCCUCGUAACCAAGCUGAAGGUCCAGGUUCUGCCCUGCGUCAUUGCCUUCGUCGAUGGUCAGGGUGUCGACCGCAUUGUAGGCUUUGAGGGUCUUGGAUAUGGCACGGACAAAUUCACCACCAGCGACCUGGAAAGGCGCCUGCUGAAGUGCGGCGUGCUGGUGCGCGAGAAGAUGACCGAGGGACAGACUGCUACGCUAAGGCGAGCCAAGAAGGAGGAAGAGGAAUACGACGAUGAUGAUUGGGACUGA